CAUUCAUGAUCACGCUGCCUUCCUUUCUCCUCCGCCUCAGUUUCGCUCCGUCUCGGGAGGAAUCGAAGGAACAUUAAUCCCGGAUCCGUGGAGCGGAAACCCUCCAUCCAUCCGUUCAUCCAACCAUACAUCCAUCCACACAGCGAUACACCCGGCAGGAGGAGAGGCAGCAGCAGCAGCGGCAGCGGCGGCGGCGGCGGCGGCAGGCACCAUCCUCUCCCCGGCCUCCCUCGCUCUCUGCUCGGAUUCCAGGAGCGCUGCUGCCCGGUGAAGCUCUGAAGUGACAUGGAGUCGUCAGAUGAUGAUACUCUCAGCGAGCGCUCCUGUGUCAGCGAGCCGUCCUUCCGCAGCGAGCGCUCGGGGGGGUCGCUGUCCCCGUGUACGUCGGGACUGGUGGGGCCACCGGGGGACACUUUACCGUGGAACCUGUCCAAACAUGAGAGGAGGAAGAGGAAGAGCCAGGACUCUGUGCUGGACCCGGCGGAGAGGGCAGUGGUUCGAGUCGCAGAUGAGCGGGACAGGGUGCAGAAGAAAACCUUCACAAAAUGGGUCAACAAACAUCUCAUCAAGGUGAGGAAACAUAUCACAGACUUGUACGAAGACCUGAGGGAUGGACACAACCUCAUCUCCUUGCUGGAGGUUCUCUCUGGAGUCACGCUGCAACAGAAAAGCGUCCCUCCUUCAAAAAGGGCAUACGCCUCGCGGGCCCCCCCUCUCAUCUUGCUCAGAGGGGAGGAUGACGAGGAGGAAGGAGCUCAGGGACCCAGAGAAAAGGGGAGGAUGAGAUUUCAUCGACUACAGAAUGUCCAAAUAGCACUGAACUUCCUCAAACAGAGACAGGUCAAACUUGUGAACAUCAGGAACGACGACAUCACAGACGGGAACCCCAAACUCACAUUAGGUCUCAUCUGGACCAUCAUCCUCCACUUUCAGAUCUCAGAGAUCUACGUGUGUGGCGAGUCGAGCGACCUCACAGCCAAAGAGAAGCUGUUGUUAUGGAGCCAGCAGGCGACAGAAGGCUACACCGGCCUCCGCUGCGUCAACUUCACCUCGUCCUGGAGCGACGGACGCAUGUUCAACGCUCUGCUGCACAGAUACAGGCCCGACCUGAUCGACAUGGAGGUGCUGUCUCAGCAGAGUAACCGUGAGAACCUGGAGCAGGCCUUCGAGAUCGCAGAGGCGUUAGGAGUGACCAGACUGCUGGACGCUGAGGACGUGGAUGUUCCUUCUCCAGAUGAGAAGUCCGUCAUCACCUACGUCUCUUCCAUCUAUGAUGCUUUCCCCAAAAUCCCUGAGGGAGGAGAGGGCAUCACUGCACAUGAGGUGGACCAGCGCUGGUCGGAGUAUCAGUCCAGGUUCUCGUCUUUGCUCCAGUGGAGCCGCCAGCAUACGGCCGUCAUGGCCAACAAGAAUUUCCCACAAAACCCUGUAGAACUCAAGGCACUUUACAACGAGUACGUCCAUUUCAAGGAGACGGAGAUCCCUGCAAAGGAGGUGGAGAAAGGUGACGUCGAACACCUCUACAAACUGCUGGAGGUGUGGAUCGAGUUUGGUCGUAUCAAACUUCCUCAGGGCCUCCAUCCUAACGAUCUUGAGGAGGAGUGGGGCAAACUCAUCCUGGAGAUGCUGGAAAGAGAGAAGGCUCUAAGGCCGGCUGUGGAGAGGUUAGAGCUGCUGCUUCAAAGGGCCAAUAAGUUUCAGAACAUGGCUCUGGACUGUGAGGAGAAACUGACCCUCGCCAGGAACACACUCCAGGCUGACAUGUCUCGGGUGGAGAGCGGCGAGGUGGUGCAGUGUGAGAAAGAACUGGCCUGUUACCUGCAGGACUGCGAGUCUCUGAUCCAAGAUCUCGACCAGGAGCUCAAAGUCCUGCGAGAGGACAACUAUUAUCAGGUGGAGCAGCUGGCGUUCAGAGUGUCCUGCCUUCAGGAGGAGCUGGUCUCCCUCAGACUGCAGUGCUCCAGCGUCUACAGGAAAGGACACUUCACUCAGACUCUGGGCAGCACCGCAGCGGAGCACACCAGGCAGCGAGCCACCGACGGCGGCCUCUCACUGGGGCAGACGCUGCUGGGAGCAGUGGGAGCUGUGGGAGCCGUGGGAGCCGCGCUCCUUAGGCGACCCAUGGCUCGCUCUCAGCUGGUGGCCAUGUCUUCAUCCGAGGACGAAGGAAGCCUGAGGUUCAUCUACGAGCUGCUUGGAUGGGUGGAAGAGACUCAGGAGCUGUUGGAGCGAGCAGAGUGGGGCGCAGACCUUCCAUCUGUGGAAAACAACCUUCAAGAGCACAACGACGUACACACAGCGGUCGAGGAGUUAAUGAGCAGCCUGCAGGAAGCACGGAGCUACGAGGCAAAAGUUUCCCCGAAUUUCAAGGGCAGUUACUCUGAAACCCUGGCAAAGCUGGAGCACCAAUACUGCAAACUACUGGAACACUCGUCAUGGCGCCUGCGGAGCUUGGAGAGCCUGCACGCGUUCGUGUCGCACUGCACUGAGGAGCUGAUCUGGCUCAACGAGAGGGAGGAGGAGGAAAUCGCCUACGACUGGAGCGAGAGCAACGCCAACAUGAGCGCAAAGAGAGAAUUGUACAGCGAAAUGAGGUCAGAGCUGGACGAGAAGCGGGAUGUGAUGCGGUCGCUGCAGGACACAGGGAGUCGUCUGUGUCUGGAGAAUCAUCCCGCCAAACAGACUGUGGAGGCGUACAGUGCAGCGCUGCAGACUCAGUGGCAGUGGGUGGACCAGCUGUGUGUGUGUGUAGAACAACAUCUCAGAGAUAACACGGCAUACUUCCAGUUUAUGAGCGACGCCCGGGACUGUGAGUCGUACCUGCGACAGCUCCAGGAAACCAUCAAGAGACAGUACACCUGUGACAAGAACAGCAGACUCAGCAAACUGGAAGACCUGCUGCAGGACUCCAUGGAGGAGAAGGAGCAGCUGAUCGAGUACCGGAGCACGGUGGCAAGUCUGGUGGGCCGGGCCAAGACGGUGGUGCAGCUCCGCCCCCGCAGCGCGGAAAGCAACCUCGCCGUCACCACGCCCAUCAAAGCCAUCUGCGACUACAGACAGAUAGAGAUCACAAUAACCAGAGGAGAGGAGUGUGUUCUGGAGGACAACUCCCAGAGGACCAAGUGGAAGGUGAUCAGUCCCACGGGGAACGAGGCCAUGGUCCCGUCAGUGUGUUUCACUGUCCCACCUCUAAACCAGGAGGCUAUGGACACAGCCGGCAGGGCGGAGCAGUCGUACCAGAAGGUCAUGUCUCUGUGGCAUCAGCUCCACGUGAACAUGAAGAGCGUGGUUUCCUGGCACUACCUGCUCAAAGACAUCAGGACCGUCUCCACGUGGAACCUGGACACAGUCCGACGUCAGUCUCCGUCGGAGCGGCAGCAGGUCCUCGAUCACCUGGAGUCCCAGUUGGCCGACUUCCUGUCCGACAGCAAAGAGAGCUCUCUGUUCACGCCGGCCGAGCGACGGGAGCUGGAGAGGGACGUGCAGGAGGCCCAGCGGCACUGUCAGGACCUGCUGCUCAACAUGGAGACGGUGGAGAAGGACGAGUCAGUGUCUCGCUCGUACCUCUCAGAGCUGCAGAACGUCACCCUCCGCCUGAACGACGCAGAGCAGAGACUGAUGAGAGGGAUUCAGACUCCGCCCUCCAGCAGGCUGUCGGGAGACAGUGCUGACAACACUCUCCAGAUUGCAGAGCAGGAGAGGCUGCAGUCAGAGCUGGACGCCCUGCGCUCCGGUUUGGGCGACGUGUCUCGCCGCUGUGUCAGCUUCUUCGAGGAGAAGCCGACUUCCUCCAGCGUUCCCGCCCUCCGCUCCGAACUCAGUCAGGCGGUGGAAAAGACGGACAAACUGCACAACCUCUCGUCCGUCUACUUAGAAAAGUUAAAGACGGUCGACGUGCUGAUUCGUAGCCUGGAUGAAGUGGAGAGCCAGGUCAGGAAGUACGAGAGCAGACUGAGUGAAGAGGACAUUGUCCCUGCGGACACCACAGCCAUUCACAAUCUCAGAGAUCAAUUAAAGUCGUGGCAGGACGAGCUCGCCGAGCAGGAGGACAUCUUCCAGUCUCUGCACUCCGUUGUGCUUCGAGCCAAAGAGGCGGGGUCUCAGCUCAGUAGGCUCCACCCUGACCGCAGCCCUGAGCUGGAGCUCUACCAUGACAAAGCCAAUCAGAUGACGGACCGAUGGAGCGCUGUGAGGAGACAGAUUGAGACUCGACGAGCCGACCUAGAAUCCCUGGGCUCGGCGCUGCAUCACUACAGAGACGGUCACUCGGCUUUGAUCCAGUGGAUCGAAGACACGACAGAGAGACAAGAAAACACACAGUCUGGACAGACUGACAGCAAAGCUCUGUCCGAGCAGCUGGCCCAGCAGACGGCAUUAGUAGCUGAGAUUGAACAGAACCAGACCAAGCUAGAUGAGUGUCAGGCUCACUCCAAACAGUACUGCACAUCAGUGAAGGACUAUGAACUCCAGCUGAUGACGUACAGAGCCUUUGUAGAGUCCACACACAAGUCGCCUGUCAAGAGGAGGAGGAUGCACUCGUCCUCUGACGCCAUCACUCAGGAGUUUAUGGACUUGCGCACACGCUACACAGCCCUGGUCACCUUGACGACCCAGCACGUCAAAUAUAUCAGUGAUGCACUGAGAAGACUAGAAGAAGAAGAGAAAGAGGUGGAGGAGGAGAAGCAGGCCAGGGUCGGCCAGGUUUCAGAUCUGACGGGCUGGGUCAAAGGUCUCCAGGGACGAACCGGGGGUUCAAACCCAGAGUCUUCACUUGCUGCUCAACAGGUCAUCAGCGAACAGCUCGCAGCUAAGAAGGACGAAGUGGCUGAAGCAAUACGGAGCACAGAAGUCUUCCUGAUGUCAAAACAGGCCAGCAAAUUGUCGCCAGAGGAGCGAGCUAACGUGGAGGCUCAGCUGGAGGAGCUGACGUCCACCUACAACCAGAUGUGCGAUUCUUCUACACAACAGCUGCAGCAGCUGGAGCAGCAACUGGCCAAAGAGGAGGAGAGAAAGAACCAAGUUGCCAUCGCUGGAGUAAUCGACCUGGGAACAGUGGAAACAUUCUCAGUGUUCCAAGCAGCCCAACGUGGUCUUAUUGACCAAGACACCUGUCAUGUACUAUUGGAGGCCCAGCUCAUUAUGGGUGGGCUUGUCCAGCCUGACUCUCCUCUCUUCCUUUCACUGGAACAAGGUCUUUCCCAAGGCCUAAUUAAUACCCAUACCAGGCAGUCACUUUCUGGGCUAGAGAGUGCCUUGAUUUUGGUGGAAAAAUCUGAAUGUUUAGGUGACCACCAACAAAUUGUGUUGCCAGUAGCCAGAGCCAUAGAAUCUGGGCUCAUCAAAGAGGAGGUGGGCCUCCGCAUUCUGGAACUCCAGAUGAACACUGGAGGUCUAAAAGACUCAACAGGAAGGAUGAUAAGUUUGGAGCGAGCAGAAGAUAAGGGACUUUUGUCUCCUAAAAUGCUUAGAAAACUCCAAUCGAUGAUACAAAAUAGAGAGCUGAUCGAUCCAAACACGGCUGAAAAAUUAAACCUAAAUGAGCUCCAACAGCGCUGUGUUUAUGACGAUGACUCAAAUCUCCUUCUCUUCCCAGUCAAACAGCAACCUGGAGGAACAGUCUGCCUCCGCUCUGGAAGAAAAGUUGGCAUCUUUCGUGCAGUCCAGGAAGGUCUAAUUGAUCGGAAAGUUACUGUAAGACUUCUUGAAGCUCAGCUCUUUGCUGGAGGUAUUACUGAGCCACGCUCAGGCCAUCGUCUGACAAUUGAUGAGGCUGUUCGUCAUGGGUUAAUGGACCAGGAUCUAGCAUGUGCCAUGUUUGCACGUCAGCUGCAAAAUGGGGGAAUUAUUGAUCCUUUCAAUGGCGAACGCCUGGAUUUGGAGGAAAGUAUUGGUAGAAACCUUCUGUCCACUCGUUUGGCUCUCUUGGUGCUUGAGUCUCUUUGGGCUUUCAUGGGACUGCUCUUACCUGAAUCUGGAGAACUUCUGCCUAUUGCUGAGGCUCUACAACAAGGAGUGAUCUCUGGAGAGCUAGCAAGAAAUAUUCUGGCACAGCGUCAUGUCGUUGGAGGACUGUACAACCCUGAGACCCUCCAGGUGAUACCUCUAAACCAAGCUGCUGAAGAGGUGCUUGAGUCUAGUGUCGUCAGUUUUCUCAAAGAUACCCACAUCCCUGAUGUUCUUCGCAACAUGAAUAAAUCUGGUACACCAUCUCUAAACCGUUUGAGCUGGGGUUCCACCAGCUCCACUCCACCUCCAUCAUCUCCACUCCCUUCAUCAUCUCUUGCAGACACUUUGUGGGAUGUUAAACCAACAGAUGGAUUGGAUCCCCAAGAACAAGCACGACACAAGCUACUGUUUCACCUCAUGACCCACAGUUAUGUGGAUGCUCACUUCGGAAAACGGCUGGUACUGCUUGACCCUGAACUAGUAGAGCUGGUCAAAGCUACUGAACUGUUUGCAGAAGACUCUUUAAUUGGAAGUCUUGUGGAGCCUCAACAUACAUUAGCCACAGGUGAGCAGGGCGAGAUGAAUGUACUAGGAGAUUUGAGUUUGACCGAUAUAGAGAUGAAUGAUAAACAAACUAAAGUUGUAGAGGCAAGUUCUAAUGUAGGCACACCAAAUAAGGAUUUGGAGCUUGAUCGUACAGUUGGCCAAGAACAUUGGUAUGAUGGAGACGAUGACAAUAAAUCACAAAGUGAUUUUGCCAUUGCAGCUCCAGAAAAAAUCAAAAAAGCAGAAGUAAAAGGUAAAAAGAAAAAACGCUCCAGUCUUGAAAGUUUAGUGGUUCCAGAUCCAGGGGAGCUGGUCGGAACUGAUUCCAAACCCAGAGAUGGUAGUGGUCUGGAGACACAGAGCAUAACCAUGAACAUUGAUAGAAAGAGAGUCACAGAACCAAUUCAAUCAGAGGAAGUCAUUGAAAGAAAAAUAUUAAAGGAAACCAUCCCAGUGGAAGCAAAACUAAAUGUCACACAGUCUGAAGAUAGGAAAGAUAUGAAACGUUCCCACACUGAACCAGAAAGGAUCAAACAUACAUUACCCAUUAAAGACACUGACACAGGAAUCUGUGAAUAUGAGGUUGAUGUUAUUGAACCGGUAGCGGAGGAGGAAGAGGAAAACGUUGAAAUGGCAAGGCUAGUUGAAGAGCUCAAACAGGGAGGUCUAAUGACAGAAGAAGGAGAAAAGCUGCUUCCAGAUGAGGCAGUAGCUCAGGGUGUUCUUCCUGGUCAUACUGCAGUUAAACUAAUGGCUCAGGCAGGUCUCUUUGGUGGUUUCCUAGAUACCAGCAGUAGUGAGUCCCUUAGCAUCGAGGAUGUUAUGCAGGAGGGUUUACUCGAUGAAGAGCUGAUGUGGAGUGUCCUGAAGUCCGAUAAAACCCUUGCAGGGAUUGUGGAUGGGGAAAAAAGACAGAUAUGUGGGGUAAGGGAGGCUGCUGAGGCAGGGUUGAUCGACCCCAACACUGCUGCUCGACUGUUAGAAGCCCAGGUGGCAUCUGGGGGAAUUGUAGACCUACAGAGGGAUAAGAAAGUCUCUGUUACUCUUGCAGCCAACCUGGGUUUGAUUGAGCAGGAUCAGAGAGAGGAACUGGUGGCACUAGAGAAGGCAUACAAAGGAAAAGACACUGAUUCAGUAACAGCUCUGAAAAAAGCCAGUUUACAGCUACAGAUGGAAGGCGUUAUUGACCCAGAGUCUAAGUCUCCUGUUCCCCUUGAGCAAGCAAUUCAGAAAGGGUUAAUUACAUCAGAUGAGUCAUAUCGGGCAUUAGCAAGGCAGGUUGCAGAGGGUGGUAUAAUACAUCAUGCUUCAGGACUAAGGCUUUCUGUCUCUGAUGCUGUUGAAAGAGGAUUAGUGGAUCGGUCUUUUGCUCCUGCCUUGGAGGAACUAGAGUGGGUCUACCAAGGAAGAGUCAGCCCAUCAUUUCACCCAGAGGCUAUUGUUUUCCAGGCAUCGACUGGGGCUAUUUCAGACCCUAAAUCUGGAUGUAAACUGACAUUGACAGAAUCAGUUUCAAAAGGUCUCCUGGAUGCAAACACAGCUAGUGAGGUCAUGGAUUCUCCGGCAGUGACACAAGGACCACUGGACCCCCAAACUGCACGCAUUGUGCCUUAUUCUGCACUUGUAAACCAGGGUAAGAUAGAUAUUGAAACAGGUAAACGUUUCUUAGAGGUGAAACCAUUCAGAGGUGUUCAGGAUGAGCAAACAGGAGACAUUUCUACCCUUUCUGAAGCUGUUGCAUCAAAGAAAGUUGAUCCAGUUCCAGCAAUGAGGCUACUACAAAGCCAGGCUGAUAGUGGAGGGAUUGUUGAUAUCAAGACUGGAGAAAGGCUCCCCCUACUUGAAGCCUGUAAAAGAGGGUUAAUUGGCAUUGAUAUGAUCAAGGAAAUUGCCACCAGCCAGAUCUCGAAAGGAGGCCUCAUCGACCCAAUUUCUAGACUAAGAGUCUCUAAUCUCAGUGAUGCUGUUGCAGUUGGACUGAUAUCCAGAGAUGUAGCUUCUGAGAUUCAGGACAGAGCGGCCUCUGCAGAAAUAGAGGAACAUGAUGAUUGUUCUACACCUGUUGCCUCAUCAAUAUACAGCCCUGCUAUUACUAUGUCAGUGUCAAGCACAGACAGUCCAGCAAACUGGUCAGACAUAAGCAUGGACAUGUCCUCAAGGUCUCCACUUUCUACAAAUGGUCUUGUAUUUACACAGUAUGAUGAAAACGCAGGAACAUCUUCAGUAUCAGAUAAAUCCCCGUUUUAUGAAGAAAAGGACAGAGAAGAGUGGCCAGUGUCCGUAGGAGAGAUGCCUUUUAACGAACCAGACCAGUCCAUGGACCUAUUGUGUAAUUUUGCAGCUAAUGUUGAGAAAAGAAUUCAGCAAGCCAUUGACGAGAUAGGACCACAAAAAGACACCAAUGAAAUAGAGAGACUUCCUAAACAGGAAACUGAUGACAAACUGCUGAUAAGUGAGGGUAAGACUGAUGAUAACCAAACAGAGAGUGUUUUCAUUGCAGAAUACUUGAAACCACAUGUCUCUGAUACUGGCAAAGAUUCCCAGAAAGAGGUGAGAGUCGAGGCUGCUGUUUUGAAGCCAGAUGAAGAACCUGUUGAGGUUGAGAAAAAGGAGUGUAGACCCUGUGAUGAGAGCACAUCAGUAACUGCUUCUGAAGUUGUAAACCCUCCUGUGGCAGGUGAGAUUGUGAUGAGAGCUGAGAGAGAAUGUAAAGACGGCCCCGAGCUGCCAAAAUUAAAUGAGGAAGAAUAUAGAAAGAGUGAUGUGGUGAAACAGAGGGAUGACAAUUUAGAGGGUAGAAGUAAAGUAAUGGAAAGAGAGACAGAGGUCAAGUCUAUCACUGACAUGGAGCAGUCAGGCCAGUUGUUGACCCCUUCAUCAAACCAGGCCGAAAGCAAAAGCAAGAAGAAGAAGAAGAAUAGAAAUGGAAAGGGAAAGGGUAAAGAAGCAGAAAGUGAAGUACGAUCUUCAGAGAUAAAACAGCCAUCUGUAACUGAUGAAGCUGUUGCAGAAAUUGAAGUAAAGCCCGAGGCUGUAAAUGCAGUCACGGAUACGAUUGUAUCACAAGACAAAUGCGACAAAUUGCAUAUUCAUGGUCAGAAAACCUCUAGUGUUUCCCCCAAUGAAGAAAAUGAAGUAAAGAUUGAGAGCAAAAAUGAUUUGGUGAGACAGGGACAAGAGUCAAUUCCACCUACUGUGGAAGAACAGAACACAGAACAUAUUACUGAGCCAGAAAAGAAAGUGAUUGAAAUCAUGUUUUCUAAGGAUGUAGAACAAAUUGAGAGGAGGGAGAAAGUAGAGCAGCAGAAAGACGUUAAAGAGGCUGCCCCUCUUAAACCAGAACAAGAAAGUAGUCAGGAGGUAAAGAAAAGAAAGGAGCAAGAAUUGCCUCAGAAGUCCUCUCUACCAGAAGAUGAGAAAGCAGCCUUGCUACUCAAAGCUAAAGAGAGCAUUUUCAAAAAGGUGUUUGAAAAAGGAGUGAGUGGCAAGCAGACUGCUGAAGAGCUACAUGUCCUGCGAAAAGAGGUGGGCAAGAGGGAGAUUCAAGGCACAGCUGUCAAACAUGUAAAGGGUAAAAGUCCGCCACCUAAGGUUGAUGAAGUGGAGCAUCACAAAGUCGAAGGUGAAAGUGUCCAGAGAUUGAAUGCUUCAUUAAAAGAAAAUGAGGAAGUGACAAGCGUCAAGGAAGACGGAUUGAAAUUGACAGGGGUCAAAGAAGAAAGGUCUGCAGAGAAACUUUCGAUAAAGAAGGACAUGGAUACCAAACUAUUAGAUGCUCCUUCACAAGAAAAGGAAAAGAUCAGUCCUGAAAAGGAAGAUGAACAAAAAGGUGCUGAAGCAACACCAUCCGUCAAACCUAAAGAAAUUCAGCAUAGUAAACGGAACAAGAAGAAGUCUAAGAUUCCAAAAGUGUCAGACAAAGCUGAGCCCAAAAUUGAGAAAUUAAGAAUGAAUGAAAUUAAUGAUUCUGACUUAACAACAGAAAUGACCACAAAACUAAAUUUAGAAAGUCAGAUUUUGAAAAAGGAGCAGAAAAUGGACAAACCGGCUGAUGGUCAGGCAGACAGUGAAGUCAUCCAGCCUUCAGCUGCUGAUAAUGAACUGGAGACCUCUGCAGGUACUAUUAAAAGGGCUGAAAACAGACAUCAGUCAGAAGAGCCUAGUUACAUAGAGGAACAUGCAAACAGUCCAGAGGUUACAUCAAUCAAAACUGAAGAAUCCCUAUCAGAAACCACAAGUGAAGAUAAAUCUAUUGAGGCUGUUCCAUCCAAGCCGGAUGUCCAGCCCACAACUCAGUGUAUGGCUGCUGGCACACAACAAGUUAAAACAGCUACAAAUAGUAAAAAGAAGAAAGGUCACCAACCCUCUGAAGAUAAAGUUAUAAAUGUUCCAGAGUCAAAAUCCAUAAAAGAGGAACAUCAGAGUCCUGAGACUUCAGAAUCAGCGCCUUCACUCUUAGAAGACACUUCAGCUGAGUCUGAAUCACCUGGAGUCCCUGAGUCUGAUACAGCCACAACAGAAAUGACCACAAAACCUACAGUGGCAAAAACUAAUUUAGAAAGUCAAAUUUUGAAGAAGGAGCAGAGAAUGGACAAACCUGCCGAUGGUCAGGCAACCAGUUAUGUCAUCGAGGCUGUUCCAGCCAAACCAGAUGUUCAGCCCACAACUCAGCGUAUGGCUGCUGGCACACAAGAACUUAAAGCAGCUACAAAGGGUAAAAAGAAGAAAGGUCACCAACCCUCUGAAGAUAAAAUUACAAAUGUUCCUGAAAAAUCCAUAAAAGAGCAGCAACAAAGUCCUGAGACUUCAGAAUCAGCGUCUUCACUCUCAGAAGACACUUCAGCUGAGUCUGAAUUACCUGGAGUCCCUGAGUCUCAUACAGCCACAACAAAAAUGACCACAAAUCCAAAUUUAGAAAGUCAAAUUUUGAAGAGGGGGCAGAGAAGAGACAAACCUGACAUUGUUCAGGCAACUAGUGAUGUCAUCCAGCCUUCAGCUGCUGAUCAGCCUAUCGAACUGGAGACCUCUGAAAGUACUAUUGAACGGGCUGAGAACAGACAACAAAGUCCACAUUUGCAUCAGUCAGAAGAGCCUAGUUACAUAGAGGUACAUGCAAAAAGUCCAGAGGUUACAUCAAUCAAGAGUGAAGAAUCGGAAACCAGAAAUGAAGAUAAAUCUAUUGAGACUGUCUCAACCAAACCAGACAUCCAGCCCACAACUCAGCGUAUGGCUACUGGCACACAACAAGUUAAAACAGCUACAAAAAGUAAAAAGAAGAAAGGUCACCAACCAUCUGAAGAUAAAAUUAUAAAUGUUCCAGAGUCAAAAUCCAUAAAAGAGGAACAUCAGAGUCCUGAGACUUCAGAAUCAGCACCAUCACUCUUAGAAGACACUUCAGCUGAGUCUGUAUCACCGAGAGUCCCUGAGUCUGAUACAUCCACAGCGGAAAUGACCACAAGACAAAUUUUGAAGGAGCAGAGAAUGGACAAACCUGCCUAUGUUCAGGCAACCAGUGAUGUCAUCCAACCUUCAGCUGCUGAUAAGGCUAAUGAUCUGGAGAUCUCUGCAAGUACUAUUGAACGGGCUGAGAACAAACAACAAAGUCCACAUUUGGAUAACUCAGAAGAGCCCACUUACAUAGAGGAACAUGUAAAAGAGGUUACAUCAAUCAAGAGUGAGGAAUCUCUAUCAGAAACUAGAAGUGAAGGUGAUUCUAUUGAGGCUGUUCCAUCCAAACCAGAAGUCCAGCCCACACCUCAGUUGAUGGCUACUGGCACACAACAAGUUAAAACAGCUCCAAAAGGUAAAAAGAAGAAAGGUCACCAACCUUCUGAAGAUAAAAUUACUGAUGUUCCUGAGGAACAGCAAAGUCCUGAGACUUCAGAAUCAGCACCUUCUCCCUUAGAAGACACUUCAGCUGAGUCUGAAUCAUCUGCAGUCCCUGAGUCUGAUACAGGCACAGAGAGUUUUGGAGAGGAAGAGGAAGAUAUCAGAGAGGGACAGGAACGUUUCUCCAACAAACAAAAGAUUCCAUCACUCACUGCUAAGUCCUCUUUAAGGCGUCAGGAGUGUUUGGAGCAUGACCAGCGAAUCGUAGCCUUGGUGUCGAUGGUCAGACAUAUGGACGUGCGGCUCAAACAGCAGCAGCAGCAGUCUGUUGGCCGCAGCCUUGUCGCACUGGACGAUAUCAUCAGACAGACCGAGACUCUGGACCUUGAACUGCGAGACUUGGAGCCGGAGAUCACCAAAGAGGUGGAGGCUGCCGAGCGUUUGCUGAAGCCCCAACAUAAAGAUGUUCCCCCGCAGCUCCUAUUGGCUCUAGAAAAGGACGGGCGUAGUUUGGCCCGAGGGUAUGAGGCUUCCAGAGGUCUCUCUGAGGACAUUCUGAAAGGCCUGCGAGAACACAGAGACUCAUACAAGGAGGCAGUAACAGCCGAGCACAAGUCACUCGGACGACAAGUGGAGAGUCUGCUCUACUGGCUGAAAGGAACAGAGGCUCAGAUGGAUGGAGGAAUGGCAGGGAUGGAAAAAAUAGAGAAGUCAGAGAAACAUGACAAUGACGAUCAGCUGAUGCAGCAGCUGAAUCUGUGCAAGGAGCUUCAGGCCUCUCUGACGGCUCGCUCCAGCGAGGUCAACAACGUGGCCUUUGAAAUCCAGGUGUUCAUCUCGGAGCGAGCUCAGGACCUGGUGCCCGAGCAGAGCAGGCAGCUCCUGGGUCAGCUCCAGCAGCUCCAGAGGGCCUUUCACAGAGCGUCGGGCCAAGCCCAGGCCUGGGCUGAUGCACUCUCUGCCCAGAGAGCGAGGGAGGAGGAGAGGCAGCGCAGGGAGAGGGUGAAAGAGGAGGAGAAGGACAGAGAGAGGCAGAGUCAGAGGGAGAAAGAGGUGGUCCAACAGCAGAAAGCUGAAUGCUCUCAGAAACUAGAAGACCUGACCAUGUGGAUGGCUGGAGCCGCCAGUUUGCUGGCCAGUCAGAAAGCUGGAUUAGAGUCAGGUGACGUGAACGUCCUGCAAGAGAAGCAGAAGAAACUGAAGGACGUACAGAAGGACCUCCAGGCGAAGAGCGAAGGCAUAGCCGAAGCCAUCCGCUCGGUGGAGGACUUGCUGGCAGAGCGGGGCGAGAGUCUGAGCCUGCAGGAGAGAGAAAACCUCCAGAGGGCGCUAACGAGAAUGAAAGAGCAGUACAGCGCCCUCACAGAUUCAGCAAACACGUCGGUGUCUGAGCUGGACACGGCCAUCAACGACACUGUCCAGCAGAACACACAGAGGGCAAAGGCAGAGGAGGAACUCCAAGAAACACGAGGCCAGAUUGACUCGCUGCUGACUGAGUUGUCCUCCGUCAACCAACCAGACAGGAGAGGAAUUCAAUCAGUUACGGCUCAAAGUGUUUGUGAUUCAUCAUUCUCACAGCCUGAGGGCGCCGUCAUGUCACACACAGAGAUGCUGCAGACGGAGCUCCAGCAGCUUCAGUCUCAACAGGCUCAGCUUCUUCAAAUCACACAGUCGACUCGGUCUCUUUUGGACCAGCCGGACUCGACCGUUCCUCCUGAAGAGAAGCAGCGACUCCGAGCUGCCCUGGACCAGCUGCAGGCCCAGCACCAGGACAAGCUCCAGAGCUGCCAGGACCGUCUGAGGAAGUCAGAGGCUCUAAAGGAUGAGUUUACAAAGUUCCUCCAGGAACAUGGAAGUCUCUGUGCCUGGCUGGAACAGAGUGAACAGGAGCUCCGUUCCCUGGGGGAAGGAGAAACCGACGCACAGGGACUGAAGGGCAGGCUGGACGAGCACAGAAAGCUUGCCGAGGAUGUGAUAUGUCACAAGGCGGACCUGCGUUUCGUCUCCAUCUCUGGUCAGAAGGUUCUAGACUCUGUUCAAGGAGCUCUGGAGCAGGUUGGAGGCUCUGAUCCAGCUCUGGAUACCACCAAGCAGCUGGUCACCGACAAGCUACAGGACGCAAACCACAGAUACACAACCCUACACACUAAAUCCACAGAUCAGGGUGGUCGUCUGUCCGGCCUGUUGGAGCGGUACCAGCAGCACCAGGACGAGGUCGUAUCCCUCCACUCCUGGCUCAGCACUCAGGAACAGAAACAAAGCAUAGCCAAGCCCAGCGGGGACACAGACCCACAGAACCUGCAGAACACACUACGACAAGUACAGCUCCUGCAGGAUGAACUGGCAGAGCGCUCCGUGCAGCUGGAGAAGGUGAAGAGAGCAGGAAGAGAUCUGGUCAGCACGGAUGAAUCUCCUUCCCUCAAAGCUGUCGACAUCCUCUGUGCUGCAGAUGGUUUAGAGAAGAGAUUUGGAUCGCUCUCUGCUUCCGUCUCUGAACGAGCCGAGCAGCUUCAGACGGCCGUGGCUCAGUCUGUCAGUGUGCAGGAGGGCCUGAAGGGUCUGCUCAGCUGGCUGGACCAACUGGUUCUAAAACCUGGACCGGUGGAGCCCACUGCUCAAGCUGUACAAGACGCCCUCACACAAAACCAGAAACUUCGGCAGGAGCUCCUCUCCCGGCAGGGCAGCGUGGAGGCGACGCGGGACUCUGUUUCCAAACUCCUGCAGAGCUCUGAUGCUUCCACAGCCUCAGGCCUCCAGGGCGCGUUAGACGAACUGACUCAGCGCUACGCCGCAGCUCAAACCAGUCAAGCCCAGAGAGAAUCCGAGCUCAAAACGCUGCUGCCCAGACUGGAGAGCUACGAGCGGCUGGGGACCGACCUCCACGUCUUCGCUCAGACUCGACUGAAGGCUCUGAGCCCGGCAGGCCAGCCAGACCGCAGCGUGGAUGACUACAGGCAAACCAUCGAGGAGGUGAGGACGGAGCUGGAGCAGGAGGCUGGAACUCUGAAGUCCUUCUGCAGCCUCGGCACCGAGCUCAGCCACGGCGACACCUUCAGUAACACUCACAGCCUCCUGGAUAACGUCAGAGGUGUCUCUGACGAGUUCAGCCAGCUGGAGGCAAAUGUCAACGACAGGUUCGCUGCCAUCCAGUCCUGCGAGCAACAGCUGCUUCAAUUCCGCGGACUCUCCGGCUCCCUCGUCAGGUGGCUUCAGGGAGCACAGGAGCAGCUCCCACCCAAAGAGGCAAACGUCAACACCGAUAGUCUGCAGAAAAGAGUCCAGCAGCUCAAGGAAUUGUUGAACGACUGGGAGUCCCAGGGAUCCAGAGUUCAGGACCUGAACAAAACGGGCUCAGAGCUCGAGUCCAUCAUCAUCGACAUCACUGCUCCUCAGACCAAAACUGGUGGCCCUCACAUCAAUGGCUCGUCAGGUCCCAGCAGUGUCAAUGGCAUUCACACCUGCAAAGACUUGACGGAGCUCCAGGUCGCCGUGUCUGAUGUGAACGGUCGAUACGAGACACUGGGCGGAGACUUGAAAGAGCGACUCAGUCGCCAGCAGGCAUCGCUGGAGCUGAGGCAGAAGGCCAGGCAGGGGGCAGACGAGCUCAAGAUCUGGCUGAGCGACAAAGAGCACAGCCUGAAACAGGGACAGACGGCCUCCCCCUCCAAGCCUGAGGUGGUACGUGCCCAGGCCCAACAGAACAAGGCCCUGCUCUCUGAGCUGGCUGAGCAUUCCGACAAGGUGGAGGAGCUGAAGAGCACGCUGAGGAAGCUCAUCGCCGACAACCCCGACUCUCCUGAAGCUGACAGCUGGAGACAACAGCUGCAAGAGAUAGACUCCCGCUGGCAGACGGCCAAUCAGACCGCGGCUCAGAGGCAGACGGAGCUCGAGACGUGCGCCGACCGGCUGGGAAGCUUCGCCUCGGCGGCCAAUCAGCUGGGCCCGUGGCUGAGGGAGAAGGAGCUGAUGAUGAGCGUGCUUGGACCGCUGAGCAUCGACCCCAACAUGCUCAACACGCAGAAGCAACAAGUGCAGUUCAUGCUGCGUGAGUUUGAGACCCGCCGGCCUCAGUUCGAUGAGCUGACCCAGUCCGCUGAGGGAAUCCUCUCCCAGACCUGUGACUCAGCUCAGGACGCUAAGGACCUAGCAGAGGUGCAGACUGAGCUGGGCUCCAUCUCACAGCAGUGGGGAGACCUCACAAACAGACUGAGCCAGAGGUCAAGCCACAUCGACCAGGCCCAAGGAACCAGUGAACGCUACCAGGCGUUGCUGAGGGAACUAUCCUCCAGUGUUUCCACUCUGAGCGAGAGGCUGGAUGCUCAGGCGUCACUGAGUGCUCAGCCUGAGGCGCUGAAACGUCGCCUGCAGGAAACGGGAGAAAUCCGCUCCGAGCUGGAGAGGCGGCGGAGCGAGCUAGCUGAGGCCGAGAGGCUCUGCCAGGAGCUGAGCGCCAUCGUAGCCGAACCUUACCUGAAGGAGGAGCUGAGUAAACGACUGGAGAGUGUGAGCGCGCCACUGCGGAGUCUGGAGGAGCGUGCAGCUGACGGCCUGUCUCAGCUCCAGGCCGCCCUGUCGUCCACACAGCAGUUCCAGCAGAUGUUUGACGAGUUGCGUUCUUGGCUCGACAAACAGGCUGAUGUCAGAGAAUCAUCCAGCGACUCCCUGCCCUGUCAGCCAGAGGCCAUUCGCUCCCUGCUGGCACAGACGGAUGAGCUGCAGCGAGGCAUUGCCAGUCAGCGAGGUUCGUACGAGCUGAUCCAAGCCGAAGGAGCGUCACUGCUCGCCACUCUCCCCGCGGGAGGAGACGAACGGUCUGCCCUUCAGUCUCACCUGGCCGCCCUGCGACAGGACUGGGAGGCUUUAAACCAGAGACUCUCGGAGCGUGAGGGCAAACUGAAGAACACUCUGAGCAAAGCAGAAACCUACCAGCAGCACAAGGCGGAGCUGAAACCCUGGUUAUCAGACUGUGAGCAGAAAGAUGGAGAGAUCCAACCGACACUGGAUGCAUCCGCUCUGGAUGAAGCCUUGCAGAAGGCCAGAGGUCUUUCACUGGACCUGGAGAGACGACAGCCUCUGCUCGAGUCUUUUAACACCGCCGCUGAUCAGCUGCUGGAGCAGUGCUGCAUCGGAGAGGAGGAGGUACGAGAUGAGAAAGCCCAGCUGAACCGCAGGGUGGAUGGACUGGGAGAGAGGCUCCAUAACCGCACCACUCAGCUGGAGGAACUUUCCGGCCGCCUGAAGGAGUUUGAAGAAGGCAGACAGGCUGUGGAGAGGAGACUAGAGGCUGCCAAACACCAGAUUGAAGUCCAGGAGGCUCUAGGUCCUCAGGGCUGCAGUGCCAAGAGUCUGGAGCGACUCCGGUGUCAGCAGGAGAACCUGAGGUCCCUGCAGCCUCAGGUGGUCUACCUCCAAGACCUGGCCCAGGGGCUGGUGCAGGAUGCACCUCAGACACCAGGAGGCAGCACUGAGGGCGCAGGGAGGCUUCAGCAGCAGGCCAAAAACACAGAGGAAGAGUUUGAUGACGUUAUAGGCAAGAUCGAAGGCUGCUGCUCCUCCCUGGAGUCUCGUCUCCAGGGCGUGGGCGAGGUCCAGUCGCACGUGCGCGACGUGUUCUCGCGCCUCGCCGACCUCGACGACGAGCUGGACUCGCUCAGCCCCGUCGGACGCGACGCCGACUCGCUGGCCUCUCAGGCCGACGCGCUGAGGGGCUUCCUGUCGCGGCUCGCCAACCUGCGGACGGAGCUGGAGGCUCACGGUACCGAGUGCGGCGACAUGCUGCGGCGGGAAGGCUCCUCCCCCGACCUCCUGGCCCUCAGGAGGGAGACCGAAGCUCUGAGCCGUCAAGCUGGCAAGCUGAGCGAGCGAGGACAGGCCAGGCUGGACCAGAUCGAGGACGCCGCCGGGCGCGUCCAGGAGUUUUACCGGCAGGUGGCGGAGCUGCAAGGCCUGCUGGGUCGAGCCGAAGAGGGGCUGACGGCGCAGGGUGUCGUCGGCACCGAGGUGGAGAUGAUCAAACAGCAGCUGCAGGAGUUCAAGCUCCUCCAGAGAUUGUUGGACGACCGGCGGCCGACGGUGGAGAUGAUCCGCGCUGAAGGAGAACGAAUCGCGGCCACGGCCGACUCUCAGGACCGGGACAAGAUCCAGACUCAGCUCCAGAGUCUGGCUGAGAGGUGGACCGAGCUGCUGGACAAGGCCAGCGCCAGGCAGCGGCAGCUGGAGGAGCUGCAGGUGUUGGCUCUUCACUUCCAUGAAGCCCUGGAGCCUCUGGGUGAGUGGCUGAGCACCACUGAGAGACGGCUGAGCUCUGCCGAGCCCAUGGGCACACAGACAGCCAAGAUCACACAGCAGAUCAUGAAACACAAGGCUUUCCAAGAGGACGUCUCCUCACGAGAAGCCGAGGUCGACCACCUCGAGUCCCUCGGCCAAUCGCUGACGCCGCUCAGCUGCUCCGCCGACCGCGAUUGGUUGAGCGAGCGCGUGGGCGGCGUGAGGUCGGGCCACUCCGACCUCGCCGACUGGUGCUCACGGCGGGCGGCUCUGCUGGAGCAGGCGCUCGCCAACGCUCAGCUGUUCGGAGAGGACGAGGUAGAGGUGCUGAACUGGCUGGCCGAAGUGGGUCAGAGACUCUCGCAGGUCUCUGUCCAGAGUUUCCAGCCUCAGCUGCUCGCAGAGCAACACAAACACACCCUGGCUCUAAAUGAAGAGAUCGUGAGCAGGAAGAAGACGGUGGACCAGGCCAUCAAGAACGGACAAGCUCUACUCAAACAGACGACCGGCGAGGAGGUUCUCCUCAUCCAGGAGAAGCUGGACGGCAUCAAGUCUCGCUACGCCGAGAUGACGGCCAGCAGCAGCAAGGCGCUCCGCACGCUGGAGCAGGCGCUGCAGCUCGCCACGCGCUUCGCCAGCGCACACGACGACCUCAGCCAGUGGCUGGACAGCGUGGAGGCGGAGCUCAACAACGUGGAGCCCGACGCUGCACCGGCCUAUCAGGAACGACAGAAGGAGCUGAAAAAAGUAUCCGCAGAGAAGCGCCUGGUGUUGGACACGGUCAACGAGGUGGGAAGCGCUCUGCUGGACCUGGUUCCGUGGCGAGCCCGCGAAGGCCUGGACCGCCUGGUCGCCGACUCCCAACAACGCUAUCGCCACGCGGACGAAACCAUCACGCAGCGUGUGCAGCUGGUCCAAGCCGCCAUCCAGAGGUCACAACAGUAUGAAGAGGCGGUGGACGCAGAGCUCGCCUGGGUCGGAGAGACGGAGCGAAAGUUGUCGUCUCUGGGGCCUUUAAGUCUGGAGCCUGAUGUGACGGUGGCUCAGCUCCAGGUUCAGAGAGCCUUCAACAUCGACAUCAUCCGACACAAAGACACCGUGGACCAGCUCCUCAGCACGAGAGACGAAAUCCUGGAGACCUGCAGUGAAGCCCAGAAGGACGCGCUGAUGGUAAAGACCGAUUCUCUGAGUGACCGCUACGACGCGGUGAGCCAGAGCCACAGUGAGCGCUUCUCGGCCCUGGAGCAGGCCCAGGUUCUGGUAGCUCGGUUUUGGGAAACCUACGAGGAACUAGAGCCGUUUUUGGGCGAGACUGAAACCCUCAUCGCUCAGCUGCCGCCACCGGCCAUCGACACAGACGCUCUCAGGCUGCAACAAGACCAGAUGAGGCUUCUCAGGGAAUCCAUCGCAGAGCACAAGCCUCACAUCGACAAGCUGCUGAAGAUCGGACCACAGCUGGCCGAGCUCAGCCUCCAGGAGGGGGCGACGGUGACGCAGCGCUACACCAACGCAGAGAAGCGCUACCUCGCCAUCAAAGAGGAGGUGAAGGGUCGAGCUUCGGUGCUGGAUGAGGCGGUGUCGCAGUCGGCACAGUUUCAUGACAAGAUGGAUCCGCUGUUGGAGACGCUGGAGGGGGCAGUGCAGCGUCUGAGGCAGCCUCCCCCCGUGGCAGCGGAGGUGGACAAGAUCAGGGAGCAGCUGGCGGAGCACAGAGCUCAGGGGCUGGAGCUGGACAAACUGCUGCCCAGCUUUUCUGCCCUGUGCGCCCGCGGAGAGGAGCUGAUCGGACGAGCCGCUCACGACGAUCCCGCUGCUCAGGCCGUUCGUACCCGCCUCCUGCGCCUGCGAUCUCUGUGGGAUGAGAUCCGGCAGCGAGCCGAGGAGAGGGAGGGCAAACUGAACGACGUCCUCGACCUGGCUGGGAAAUUCUGGGCCGACGUGGCGGCGCUCCUGAGCACGCUCCGAGACUCGCAGGACAUCGUGAGAGAGCUGGAGGAUCCCGGUGUGGACCCUUCGCUCAUCAAGCAGCAGAUCGAAGCUGCUGAGGCCAUCAAGGCAGAGACGGACGGCCUGAGGGAGGAGCUGGAGUUUGUCAGGACCCUCGGGGCUGACCUUAUCUUCGCCUGUGGAGAAACAGAGAAACCAGAAGUCAAGAAAACCAUCGAUGAGAUGAAUGCUGCGUGGGAAGGUCUGAAUCGGACAUGGAGAGAGAGGAUGGAGAGACUGGAGGAGGCCAUGACGGCCUCCGUGCAGUACCAGGAUGCACUGCAGUCUAUGUUUGAUUACCUGGACAACGCGGUGAUCAAGCUGUGUGACAUGCCGCCCGUGGGAACUGAUCUGGGGACUGUGAAACAGCAGAUUGAAGAGCUCAAGCAGUACAAGGUGGAGGUUUACCAGCAGCAGAUUGACAUGGAGAAGCUGUGCCACCAGGGGGAGCUGAUGUUGAAGAAAGUCUCAGACCAAACAGACAGGGACAUGAUCCAGGAGCCACUGACUGAGCUGCGCCACCUGUGGGAGAACCUGGGAGAUAAAAUCACUCAGAGACAGCACAAGCUGGAGGCUGCUCUGCUGGCUCUGGGUCAGUUCCAACAUGCCCUGUCUGAGAUACAGGCCUGGCUGAGCCACACACACACCACACUGGACACUCAGCGGCCGGUCAACUCCGACCCCAAGGCCAUUGAGAUCGAGCUGGCCAAACACCACGUUUUGCGUAACGACGUGCUGUCCCAUCACACCACAGUGGAGACGGUGAACAACGCAGCAGCCGAGCUGCUGGAGUCGUCGCCUGGCGAUGAAGCCAGUCACCUGAGGGAUCAGCUGGAUCAGCUCAACCAGAGCUGGGAAAACCUCCUGCUCAAGACGCAGGAGCGGCAGAAGCUGCUGGAGGCCGCUCUGCACCAGGCUGAAGGUUUCCAUGGUGAGUUAGAGGAGUUCCUCCAGUGGCUGAGGAGGACGGAGAGCCAACUGUCAGCCGCCAAACCAACAGGCGGUCUCCCAGAAACAGCCCGAGAGCAGCUCCAGCAGCACAUGGAGCUUCAGGCUCAGCUGACUCAGCGAGCAGACCAGUACCAUCGCCUGCUGGACCAGGGAGAGUCCAUGCUCCUGGCUCGAGGAGGAGAGGAGGCAGGACUCGGUACCACCCAGACCCAGCAGAACCUGGCCAUGCUGCAGAACAAGUGGGCCAGCCUCAACGGCAAGAUGGACGACCGCAGGGCAAAACUGGACGAGGCUGUUUCCUUGGCAACAGGCUUCCAGACGUCCCUGCAAGACACCAUCAACUGGCUGACUCAGGCUGAGCAGACCCUGAACAUGGCGCAGCCGCCCAGCCUCAUCCUGGACACUGUGCUCUUCCAGAUCGAUGAGCACAAGGUGUUUGUGAAUGAGGUGAACACCCACAGGGAGCAAGUCCUGGCUCUGGAAAAAGCCGGCUCUCAGCUUCGUUUUGCCAGCCUGAAGCAGGACGUGGUUCUCAUCAAAAACCUGCUGCUCAGCGUCCAGGCUCGCUGGGACAAACUGGUCCAGAGGUCACUGGACCGCGGCCGACACCUGGAUGAAGCUCGGAAACGAGCCAAACAGUUCCACGAGGCCUGGAGGAAGCUGACAGACUGGCUGGAAGAAGCAGAGAAAAGACUGGACUCAGAGCUGGAGAUUUCCAACGAGCCGGACAAGAUCAAAAUACAGCUGACCAAACACAAGGAGUUUCAGAAAGCCCUGGGUUCAAAGCAGCCGAUGUACGACACCACCGUCAGGUCUGGGAAAGCCAUGAGGGACAAGGCUCAGCUUCCUGCUGACACUCAGAAACUGGAUCACCUUGUCGGAGAAGUCCGGGACAAGUGGGACACCGUCUGUGGCAAGAGCGUGGAGAGACAACACAAGCUGGAGGAGGCUCUGCUGUUAUCAGGACAGUUUGCAGAGGCUCUUCAGGCUCUCGUCGAUUGGUUGUACCGUGUAGAACCUCAGCUCGCUGAAGAUCAGCCCGUCCAUGGAGACCUGGAUCUGGUGUCCAACCUCAUGGACUCACAUAAGGCUUUCCAAAAAGAGCUCGGAAAGAGAACCAGCAGCAUUCAGGCUCUGAAGCGCUCGGCCCGGGAGCUGUUGGAGACUGGCCGCGAUGACACCGCCUGGGUCAAAGUUCAGCUCCAGGAGCUCACCAACCGCUGGGAAACCGUGUGUGCUCUGUCCGUCACCAAGCAGACGCGCCUGCAGCACGCUCUCAAACAGGCAGAGGAGUUUCGCACGUCGGUGCAGGUGAUCCUCGAGUGGCUCUCAGAGGCGGAGCAGACGCUUCGUUUCCGCGGCGUCCUCCCCGAGGAGGCGGAGACUCUGCAGGCGCUGCUGCACACGCACCGCGACUUCAUGGGCACGGUGGAGGAGAAGAGGACGGAUGUCAACAAAGCUGCGGGCAUGGGAGAGGGAAUCCUGACGCUGUGUCACCCGGACUCCAUCACCACCAUCAAACACUGGAUCACCAUCAUCAGAGCCCGAUUUGAAGAAGUGCUGACGUGGGCGAAGCAGCACGAGCAGCGGCUAGAAACAGCUCUGACCGAGGUGCUCAACAACGCCAACCUGCUGGAGGAGCUGUUGUCAUGGUUACAGUUCGCUGAGACCACUUUGGUCCAGAGCGACGCAGAAGCGCUUCCUCAGGACAUCCCUCAACUUAAAAAACUCAUCACUGAACACCAGAUGUUUAUGGAGGAGAUGACGAGGAAACAGCCCGACGUGGACAAAGUGACAAAGACGUACAAGAGGAAACCAGCAGAGUCUUCCAGCAGCCUGUCAGAGAGGAGAGGAGCUCGAAAGCAGCAGCAGCAGCAGCAUCAGCAGGCAGCCAUGCAGCUCUCAGGAGGAAACCCACGUCUCAACCAGCUGUGUGCGCGCUGGCAGCAAGUGUGGCUGCUCGCUCUCGACCGCCAACGCAAACUCAACGACGCUCUGGACAGACUCGAGGAGCUCAGAGAGUUUGCCAACUUUGACUUUGACGUGUGGAGGAAGAAGUACAUGCGCUGGAUGAACCACAAGAAGUCCCGCGUCAUGGAUUUCUUCAGACGCAUCGACAAGGACCAAGACGGGAAGAUUACACGGCAGGAGUUUAUCGACGGCAUCUUGGCCUCAAAGUUUCCCACCAGUAAGCUGGAGAUGACGGCGGUGGCAGACAUCUUUGACAGAGAUGGAGACGGUUACAUCGACUACUACGAAUUUGUCGCUGCGCUCCACCCCAACAAGGACGCGUACAGACCAACCACUGAUGCCGACAAGAUAGAGGAUGAGGUGACGCGACAGGUGGCUCAGUGCAAAUGUGCCAAGAGGUUCCAGGUGGAGCAGAUAGGAGAGAACAAGUACCGGUUCUUCCUCGGGAACCAGUUCGGCGACUCGCAGCAGCUUCGUCUGGUGAGGAUUCUGCGCAGCACGGUGAUGGUGCGAGUCGGAGGCGGCUGGAUGGCUCUGGAUGAAUUCCUGGUCAAAAAUGAUCCGUGCCGAGUGCAAUAUCCAGGACUUAAGAUUCUCCGCUCCGACUCCAGUAGCUCCAUCUCAUCUCGUAUAGUGACAGUCACUCCUGGCUAUUUCUGCUGCCGAGCUCGUGGUCGUACAAACCUGGAGCUGAGGGAGAAGUUCAUCCUUCCCGAAGGAGCCACGACAGGCCUGGCUGCAUUCCGCUCCCGGGGACGACGCUCUAAACCUGGUUCCAGAAACGCCUCCCCCACCCGAUCAUCCUCCUCAGCCUCCCACAGCGGCGCCUCCCUCCCCUCCGCUCCCUCUGCCCCUGCCACACCAACAGCCUCCGCAUCGUCCAGGUCCUCCAAUACUCACUCUCGUGACUAUGCCAAACCCUGGCUGGCACACAGUAAAACUCCAACGUCAACCAAGUGCCACUGCUGCCCAGAUCUCGGUCACAGCCACAUCACUCCUGGGCACGAGGGGGCGGCGUCGGGGUCCAAACUAAAGCGGCCGACGUUUCACUCAAGUCGAGGAUCUUUGACCGGAGAGAACGGAGGAACGACGCACACGAGCAAAUCAGGACGGAGCGAUCCAAAGCGAGGAGCGAGCGGUGCGACCAGUCGCGCCGGCAGCCAGGCGGGCAGCAGAGCCAGCAGUCGCCGCGGCAGCGACGCCUCAGACGCAUCCGAGCUCCAGGACGCUCGCUCCGUCUGCUCCGACACCUCGGACACGCCCAGACGACCAGGGGGCGGUGCCAAACCAUCCAAAAUCCCCACCAUCUCUAAAAAGGCUCCGAGCCCGAAGACUCCGGGGUCUGCGAAGAAAUAACAGCGACCGCCAUUUUGGGUGUGACCGUCCAUCUGCGGGACGAGAGCUGAAGUUUUGACUGAUGUUUAUCAGGGAAAGAAGGAAGUGGAACGACGAGUCCAAUCUCCUUCUCACUCUUUCCGUGUUCUUGACUGAAACAGUAAAAAGGAGAGAAGACCUGGUUUUGUCUUUACCAGGUCAAAGUGUGCGAGGACAAAAACCUGACGCGUCCUCUCGAAGAAGUGAAGCCAGUUUGCCUUCCAGUCUCCUGCUUCCUCUGUCAACUGUUCCCUACACCGGUGAGGAACCAAACCAUCCACGGACUGGACUUGAUGCUGCCUUAUUUAGUGUUACACGCGUCUGCCGCGAUCAGACGCAAGCGACGCAGAACGUCGUUAAACUGCUUUAUAACACACACACACACACACACACACAUACGCACAGUUUCACUGUGAGGCGGUGAAAGGGAGUGGGACACAACACCACCACCACAAACACCAUCACCACCACCGCCUCCGCCGCUGCUGCCGCCUCCACCAGGAAUAUAAAAACACAACGAAAAGGAGGAAAAAAGGCUCAAAUGACAUUCAGGACAAAAAAAAAAAGAAAAGAAUUGUGGGUAAUUAUUUUGGCUUGUGGGCCACAUGCCUCAACGAUGAGUUAAAAAAGAAAA